AAGAGUUAAAAGGCGGCAGGCACCGGGAAACUGGGGCAAGGAGGGUCUAAGUCAAGACUGGCCUGGGCUACAUGGUGACACCCUGUCUCAAGGGGGAAAGCCAUAAGGAUGAAUUACAGGUCUUGGUCAAUCACCAGGGAAGUUUGGGCCAGCCCUCCUCGGAUCGCUAAAAGCACACUCGGCUCCGGCUCCUUUGUCAGAUUCGAAAAUUGGAAUGUAACAGGCACCUCAGGAUUCCCGUUCCGUCUUCUGGUUUAGGGAUUGCUGCUACUGGUGUUAGAGAUCCCUGGAUCAUUGUUUAAUGGAGAGAACUUGUGUGUUUUCCUUGCCAUUAAAUCACCCCUAAAGCAUAAUCUGAAUUUGUUUGUAAGGGAGAAACAAACAAAAAUUUCCUUUUCAAGAAUUGUGCUUAAACCGCCAAUCUCCUAAUUUUACAUAGUGGAGUGGAGCUAAUCCUCAUUCAACUCACUGCAGAAUGACCUUCUAUUUGCCUGGUUUUCGGAGCUUUCCGAAACUUUGGAAGAGCACUCCUUACUUUGAGCUGGGCCCCGCGACCUCUCCUGUCUCUCUCUUUCUCGCGGUUACCGGGAACCGACACAGAUGGUUUUCUGUUAAAACCACGUCCCUUCCAAAUGGCAAAGCAAUGAAUCUGCUGGUUGCCAAGGCUAGAACACUCAAGAAAGGAAAUGACAGCAAUAGGCAAGUUUCUCCUGAUCAUUAUUUUGCCGCGGGAGCCGCUAAGAAGAGGUCACAGGUCAGUAGCAACCCUCAGCAUAGAGAUCAUGCCUUGCCACGUGUGAGCGCUCUCCAGCUUCCAACUAAACCCCUGAAUUCCGAAGAGUGGGAUAAACUUAAAGAAGAUUUCAAUGGGAAGGCCACUUUUGAAGACUGGGUUAUUUCCCAGAUGGUGCGCAGCUGUAGCUCUAUAGAUGUAGCUAAGUCUCUCCUGGCAUGGGUAGCCGCCAAGAACAACGGCAUUGUAGGGUAUAAUUUGCUCGUCAAGUAUUUAAGUCUCUGUGUCUCUCAUAAGCAGACAUCAGAAGUUAUUGAUGUCUAUGAAAUCAUGAAAGCCAAGUACAAGUGUUUAGAAUCCGGGGCUAACACCCUUCUCAUCCGGGGACUGAUCCACUCAGACAGAUGGAGAGAGGCCUUGCUGCUCCUAGAAGACAUUAAAAAAGUCAUGGUCCCUUCGAAAAGGAACUACGAUGACUGCAUACAGGGAGCCCUCCUCCAUCAAGAUGUGAACGUGGCUUGGAGUUUGUAUCAGGAGUUGGUAGGUCAUAAUCUCAUUCCUCUGCUGGAAACUUUAAAAGCCUUCUUUGAUUUUGGCAAAGACUUAAAUGAUGAUCACUAUUCGAACAAACUACUGGACAUUCUUUUGUAUCUAAGGAAUAAUCAGCUGUAUCCUGGAGAGUCAUUUGCACACAGUAUAAAAGCAUGGUUUGAAAGUAUUCCUGGAAGACAAUGGAAAGGACAAUUCACUACAAUCCAGAAAAGUGGCCGGUGUUCAAGCUGUGGUAGAACCUUAGAGUCUAUUCAUCUGAGUCCAGAAGAAUAUGAAUUUCUCAAGGAAAAGAUCAUGAGGGAUGUGAUAGAUGGCGGUGACCAGUAUAAAAAGACAACGCCCCAGGAACUGAAGAGAUUUGAGAGCUUCGUAAACUCCUGCCCCCCUUUUGAUAUUGUUAUUGAUGGCCUCAAUGUUGCAAAAAUGUUUCCUAAGAGCCGGGAAUCUCAAACUCUCCUGGGUGUAGUUUCCCAACUAGCCCAGCAGAAUCUGCAGUUGCUGGUCCUGGGCCGAAAGCACAUGCUCACACCAAGCUCCAGGUGGAGAAAGGACGAGAUGGAGCAGGUGCAGAGGCAAGCCCACUGUUUCUUUGCUGAUAACAUCUCGGAGGACGAUCCGUUCCUGCUGUACGCCACCCUGAACUCAGGCAGUCACUGCAAGUUUAUCACCAAAGACCUGAUGCGGGACCACAAGGCCUGCCUGCCCGAUGCUCGCUCUCAGCACCUCUUCUUCAAGUGGCAGCAGGGGCACCAGCUAGCAAUCGUGAAAGGAUUCAGAAGGUCACAACUGACUCUCCAGGACCCUCUCCGCUAUGAUACAGUGGUGCAGACAACUGGAGACUCCUGGCACAUCCCGUAUGAUGAAGACCCGGUGCAGAGGUCCUCCUGUGAAGUGCCCACCAAAUGGCUGUGCCUCCAGGGAAAGGCGCAGGCGCCCGCCCCGUGCUGAAUUUGAACCCGACACCUGCUGGCGGCGGAGAGCCUACACCCAUGCUCAUCUCAGGCAUGACCUCUGUCCUUCCUGAAAAUAAAAAGAUUUUAGUAGCAUUGUUUGGUUUGCAGCAGCAAAUGGGGUUUUAGCUUUGUCCGGUUUUGUUUCUGAGGCGGGGUCUUGUUUAGUAGCUUCGGUCCUCGAACUUUACUUCCUGAGGGCCGAGAUUACAGGAGCGGCCACCACGCCUGCUGUGUGCAGAGCAGGAGAUGGGACAUGGGGCUCCAUGUAUGCAGGGCGAGCGCUCGACCAGCUGCGCUACGUGCAGCCCUGGCCCGACAAACUGACUUCUGAGUUAAAUGAAAAAAAAAUAGCAUCUUUUCAUAACUAGUGCACCACCCCCACCCCCGUUGUUUCUAGAGGUUUAUCCCAAACUGGGGGUCCUAGCACAGUCUCGGUGCCUGUUCCUCUGCCGGGCAGCUCUUCACGUAACUGGGGGCGAGGCAGCCCUCCACAGUUGCUCCUGCUGCCUUAACCCUCCAGGCUCACCCAUUGGCCCUUCUUUGUUUUAUACUGUAAUUAUACACCUUUCCAAGUGGAUCAUGGUAUUGGUAUGAUAUGGUAUUCCAAGAUGAUAUUCAGAAAAAAUCUGAAGUUUUUUUGGCAAAGUUUUAGAAAUAAAAACUCGCUUUGUAAAAAAAAAAAGAACAGGAUUUUGAGCUGGCAAGAUGGCUGAGUGGAUAAAGAUGUGUGCUACCAAGGCUGACGACCUGAGUUGAUCCCUAGGACCUACAGGGCAGAAGGAGAAACUGAACACAGAAGUUGUCUUCUGGCCUCCAUGAAAGUGUGUCAUCCCACACACACACACAUGCACAUGUGAUAAAUGAAAUGUAAAAGUAAAGAAAUAAAUUUAGACAUGAUUGUAAAUGGAGAGCCCUGGAAGAUGCUAAGGACCUUGUUUUCUAGAUCCCUGAACUAUGUGGUGAGCUCUGUUCACACCUCCAGGCUGUGCUCAGAGCCCUGUUUUUUAUGUUUAGUUCUGAGACAAGGUCUCACUGAGUUAACCAGGCUGUCCUUGAACAUACCAUAGCCCAGGCAGGCCUUGAACUUACCUCCUCUGCUUUAGCCUCCCAAGUAUCUGCAGACCCGUGACAUUAUAUGUGGCUUAUUUUUAAAGAAAUUAUUCUGGUUAUAAGAAAAAAAUUUUUUCCCAUUUUUUUAACAGCUCUGACUGUCCUGGAGCUCGCUCUGUAGACCAGGCUGGCCUUAAACUCACAGAUCAGCCUGCCUCUGCCUCCCAAGUACUAGGAUUAAAGGUAUGCGCCACCACACCUGUGUAAAGGGUUUUUGGUGGUGAGGGUGAUUGGGAUGGGGGGUGUUUUUUUGGUGGUGGGGGAGGGUAUUGAGCAGGGUCUUGAGCAAUGUAUCCCUGUCUGGCCAGGAACCUUCUGCCAACCAUCUGCCUGAACUCCCAAGCACUAGGUUGCAGGUGUGAACCUCCAGGCUUGCUUAGAUUGAAUUAUUAAAAUUGCCAUUGAAAGGGGCCGGGGAGAGGGCUGGGUUGGUAAAGUGCUAUCCAAGCACGGGGACCUGCAUUUGAUCCCUGCACUCACAUGGAAAAGCUAAGGUUAGGGACACGUGCUUAGGAUGCCAGCACGGGGGGAUCCAAGACAGACGGACUGCGCACCCCGACUCUCUACUCGGGUGAGCUAGGCCAAAAGAGCUUGUCGGAAAAAUCAAGGUGGCUUCUGAGGAGCUGCGCUGUCGGUUGCCCUCUGGCCUGCACAUGCGCACACGCAGAUAACUGAGCAUUUAUGUUAAUAGUGACGUCUGAAAGACUUGUGGUAACUCUGGCAAGAAAAGAUCUUCUCGACUAAACGGAACUGAGUGCCACUCAUCUCUUGGGUACUAUUUAAAAUCUAAUCCAAGAAGCAAAUGCCUCAGAAGUCAUUGUGAGCAACUUGAAUCUCAAAUUUGUUAGGGAGAUAAACUCUAGGUCAGGUGGGACAACCUCAUCACUCCCACCUGAGCAGAACAUUAUUAGGGGUCAAGUUCAGCUCCCAUCUGCAUAGUCGGUCCAUUACUAAAGAAGGCCUCUUGGCCUGUCUGUGACUACAUAAAAAUAGAAUGUCCGUGUCCACUAGGUGCCAGCGGAAUCCCUGGCAGUUCUGGCCAUUUGGCUUUUCUGGGGCAGAGUGGAGUCCUGGGCUGGGGGAAUGGGACAGAGCAUCUACCCCCCCUGAAACAGCUUCUUUUGGUGGCGGAUAUGGCCAGUCUCCGAAAAAGUGAGUUCUUUGUGGCCCUUGUUGCUUCAAAUCUGUAGAAGUGGAAUUUGGACCGAAAGAAGUCAUUCUUGAAUUGCCCUCCUCUUUAGUGACCUGGCCCUAGAAUUCAAGGUUCCUUUUCUUUUUGAGACGGGGUCUCAAUUCUAUAGCCCAGAACUCACUAUGUAGACCAAGGCAGCAUACAUGUUUACCCAGUUUUAUAUGCCCAUUUCCUUGUUUUAGAAAUCUUCUGCAGUGUUUUCUUCAUAUACAUUGUUAUAUACUCAUAACAAGGUAAAUUAAUAGAGCCAACUGGGAGUUAGAUGUGGUUUAAAAAAAAAAAUGCCUAUAACCCUUGCCCUUGGAGCUGGAGGAAGGAGACUCUGGAAUUUAGGGUCAUCUUUAGCUACUUAGCUAGUUCGAGGUCAGCCUCAGCUACUUGAGACCCUGUCUCAACACAAACAAAAAAGACUUUAACUGACUUAAACUAGGCUGUUAUGUAUAGUGCAACAUGAUUCUUUUGUAUCUGCAUUAUCAAACUCCUACUCAAGGAUUGCUCAUGUUCAGAAGAAACUGUUCCCAGAAGCUGUCUCGAGUAAAAGGCCACGUCCUUUGGCACUUGGUCUGUUCCAGCAGGAGUGGUCACAUCCUUGAUGAGACGGGUCCUUUCCAAGUCAGGCCCUCUGAUCUCCAGCUCAUAGAGAAACCUCUGGCCAGGCUGUGUUUGUGAAGCGAAGUUCUGAAGAACAUAAAGAGCCUUUUGUUUUUCAGAGCAAAUCAUGUGGGGCUUGUUGCUGUUAAUCCAGGCCCAAAGGGAAGUUUAUGUGAGAAAAUCAUUAUUGAACAUUUUGUGCUUUGCGAAUGUCAAUAGAAUGUUUUUCUUUGAUUUCCAGAAUCACCACAGUCUCCACCUCUCACACCGUGAUUUUUGGCCAUCUUUGUAAUGGCCUUCUCUUUAUCUCUUUGACUUUGUUUUUUUGAGCAGAAUCGCAUUGUGUUACAGCUCUGAGGGGCAAGGUAUCCUGGCAGUCAGGAGCCAAGGAAUACCACAAAGUCACGCUGUACAACAAACCUCACACAAGAGAUUGAUUGGAAGGGAAGAACCCAAGAGGGUGGCUGCCUCUGCUCAGGCAAGAAGCGCAGGGAACUGAGCAGAAUGCAGGGUUUAUAUAGGGUUUCUUGGGGGUGGAGUUGUCCAGGGUGGCCUGGUCUUGGGGCAAACUCAGGGAUUGGUAGAUUCUUUUUCUUGGCUCUAGGAUCAAGUCAGGGUCUGGGUGUUCUUUCCUUGGUCCUUUUACCCUACACAUACCACAGCACAUAUGGAAGAUGCAGGGACUGAAUGCAGGUCAUCGGUCUUGGUAGAAAGCACCUUUACCUCCUGAGCCGUCUCAUCAACCCAGGAUUUCCAAGUUUAAAGAAGAUUUUUGUUUGUUUAUUUGUUUGUUUGUUUGAGAAAGGGUUUCUCUGUGUAGUUUUGGUGCCUGUCUUGGAACUCACUCUGUAGACCAGGCUGGCCUCCAACUCACAGAGAUCCACCUGGCUCUGCCUCCCGAGUGCUGGGAUUAAAGGUGUGUACCACCACUGCCUGGCCAAGAUUUUUUUUUAUGUUUAUUUUCCUGUGUGUGUUUCUGUGUGUGUGUGCGCGCACAUGCUCAUGUGCCUCACACAUGUGGAGAGCAGAGGACGACUUUCAGGAGUUGGUUCUGUCCUUCCAAUCAUGUGGGUCCCAGGAAUUGAACACGGGUGGUCAGGCUUGACAUCAGGCACCUUUACCCACUGAACCAUCUCACAGCCCAGGAUUUCAACCUUUCAAGUUCAUCCCUGGACCCCAGCCUCUUUUCCUGCCCUACUCCCUCAACACAACUACCAGUUCCUUGGCCAGGCUUCUUAAGGUUUGUUUUUAUUUAUGAUUUUAGGUCUGUGUAAGUAUGUACUGAGAGUGUGUGGGUGCUCUCAGAAGAUCACUGGAGCUGGAAUUAAGGCCGUUGUGAGCACCCAAAGUGGGUGCUGGGAACUGAACUUGCUUCCCUUGGAAGAACAGCAAGCGCUCUUAACUGCUGAACCAUCUCGCUAAGCCAUCCUUGACCAAAUCUUAAGCCUAGUCUCUCCAGCCUUACAAGGUUCCCUGCUGCCUGUCCCCUUCUGGGGUCACCUGGUCUCCCCAUCCCUCUCAAAGCAUUCCAUGCGACCGGCGGCUUCAACCCCAGCAGAUUCUUUCAUUCACUUCAGCUGCUCUAGUGUCUUUUCAAUCCCAGGCCUAAUUUCCAGUAAUUCCUCUCCCUUCACUACUGUGUGCCAUGCCAUAUUGCUGGGAAGGCCGUGGAGUCGGACACCACUCUCCCCUGCAGGACCUCCUUGUCAUCUAAGUUCCUGAAGGUGCCCUCCCGAUCUGGCCAGUCUUGAAAAUCAGCUAGCUGGUUGAGCCUCGGCUGUCUGCUAGCGAGGAAAGUGGGCUGGCUGUGCACAAAUUCUCACACUGGCAUGGGCUGAGACUGACCUAGGGAUCUAACACCAAAUGCUGGUUCUGGCUCGGAGUUCAGCUGCGUACUAACGUGUGAGCAUAGCUGGGUUCAGUCCCUCCCUGGCGCCAAAGGAAGAUGAUUCAGGAAGAGCAUCCCUGGUGAUGCCAGUACUGCAGUUUAUAAUUUGAGUAGAAAGGACUCAGUGAGCCCCAAAAUUUUAUUAAUGACAUUUUUAAAUUACAUUUGGGUAGUGUGUGUGUGUGUGUGUGUGUGUGUGUGUGUGUGUGUGUGUGUGUCUCGCACGAGAAAACCACCUCAGUUGUCAUCCUCGGGAACACUCUAAACUUCCUUCGUUACAGGGUCUUGCAUUGGCUUGGAGCUCAGCUAGAUUGACCAAUGAGCUUCAAGGAUCUUCCUGUGUCUGCCUCCCCAGCGCUGGGAUUACAGGUGCUUGUCAGGCCUUUUUAUGUUGGUUCUGGAGAUAAUAUUCCGGUCCUCAUGCUACUGAGGCAAGCAUGUCACCUAUCUGCCCAGCCCCUGUUCGCAACUGCUGUUACAGAAUUGCAUAGUCUGACUUCUGAAUUGUGAUUGCUUUUGUUAAAGUGACCGUAGGAGUGUGUGCUAUCAAGGGGAGCAAAGAUGUAAUGGAACCUUCUAGACAUAUCAACUAGAAAGAGAAAAACUGAAGGGAGGAGUGGGAGGACAAACAUCCGUCUGUCCUGUUACAGUCUGUCUCACACUUGCUCCAGAAACACCCUCUGCCCUUUCCCUGACUUACUCCGUAUUGAUGAGCAUGUGGAUAGUCUCCAGUUUAGCCUAUUACAAAAACCCUGCUUGCGACUAAUAAUGGGGUGGGAAGCUAACGUCUGGAAGAUUUUUUUUUCUGCUUUCUUCACUUUAUGCCCUCAUAAGCCUUCACCUACAUAGUUUAUCUGUCCAAAGCAUAAUUCCAGUCAUGCUACUCUGCUCAAAAACACCGACCAGCUGGGCUGUGGUUGUAGCUCAGCCUAGCAAGCAUACCCCGUUAUCAACUGAGCCAGGUGUGAUAGCACGCACCUGUGAUCCUAGCAUGCACCUGUGAUCCUAGCAUGUACCUGUGAUCCUAGCAUGCACCUGUGAUCCUAGCAUGCACCUGUGAUCCUAGCAUGUACCUGUGACUCCAGCACACACCUGUAAUCAAUCCUAGCACAAACCUGUGAUCCCAGCACUCACCUUCGAUCCCAGCAUGCACCUGUGAUCCUAGCACUCAGGAGAAGGAGGAGCAGUAAGUUCAAGGUCAUCCUCAUCGUGGACUACAUGAGACUUUGCUUCAGGCAAGCAAGCAAGCAAACAAAAACCAAGUGUGGUGAUGCAUGCCUGUAAUUUCAGCACUAGGGAGGUUAAGGCCAUCCUUGUCGGCAUAGCAAGUUUGGGGACAGUUUGGGUUAUCUGUGACACUGUCUCAAAAACAACAACAACAAAAACCCAAAACAAUAAAAAAGUUUCAAGGUCUCCCUGUUGCCUUCCAGCCAGAGCAUAAACCCCGUUAGCAUCCAGGGUCUUGUCGCUUGCCGUGUGUGUGUGUGUGUGUGUGUGUGUGUGUGUGUGUGUGUGUGUGUGUGUGUGUGUGUGCUUUUCAAGCUGUUUUCUUCCUCUGCUUCUGAACACCCUCCCACACACUCCCAGCUUCUGACCCUACGUGGUUCAUCUGUGUCUCCAGAGUGGUUAGCUGUUUCUUGCCAGUAGACAUGUUUCAGUUACGUUGUUGAACUGCUUUGGAGAAGUCGUUUGAAAAUAUCUUCCCGAUUUUCAACCUCCCAUGCCCACUUCUCCUUUGAGCGAAUUCCCCCUUCGCUCCUUGGUAUUUUCUCUGUGAGCUGGCUGGCCAGAAACUUAGUCUAUGGUGUCUGACGCCUCCCUGACCAACACAUAGUAACUUCUUAGAGCCUGGCAUGUUGGCAAAUACCUAUUAAUCACAGCACUGUGGUUAGGUAGAGGCAGGAGAAUCAGAGUUCAUGGCUAUCCUCAGCUACAUAGCAAAUCUACAUGAGACCCUGUCUUCACAAAUAAAAAAUAACUUUACUGUCUUUCCUAAUCAUACCAUUUAGCAACCCUUCACCCACCGAAGCUGAAAUGCAUUGGAUUCUUGAGUAGACAUCUGUACAGGGGCGUGGUGCUGGGGUAGCUGGACUGUAACGUGCUGUGUACUUAGAAGGCAGCGUUCCAGAGGCUUUCACACUCCGGUGUUUUAAAGUCUAGAUCUGCUGUCUCUGGUUGUUUUUGUUUCGUUUCACCACUGUGAACAAAAACGUACUUGGUGUGAAGUUUGGGUCUCUCAAGUCCUGGCAGAGUACCUAGAGGAGAAGACUGUCAGUGACCGGAUGUUCAAGAUGCAGCUCCUAAGCCAGCGCUCAGGAGGCAGAUGAGGGAAUGAGCCAGCAUUCCAGGCCAGCACUGGCUAGAUAGCAAGUUCUAGGCCAGCCUGGACUAGAGAACCUGUCUGGAAAAAACCAAAACAAAACAAAAAAAAUUCAAGUGGUGGUGGUGGGGGCUCAUUUCUAAAUCAAUGAAUGAAAUACCUGUUUAAUGUUCAGAAGCCUCAUUCAUUUGCAUUCUCCCUCUCCCUCCAAUUUCCCCAAGAGGAUAUGGUCUUUUGAACAUCAGCGAUGCCACUUUUGUGGUAAGAAAAUAGGAAUUAGAGGAAGCCAAUUCGGAAACCUCAAAGAAGAGGAAGUGUCUCUCAGCUGAAGGGAAGGCUGCUGAGUUUUAUUUCCUCUUUGCUCUGGACUCUCCUGGUCCCCCACCCACAUCCCUCAGUCAGGAAGCAAGGUCCAGGAGGAACUAGGGAAAAAUCUAAAAGACCCCAAGAUGCAAGGACCCACCACAGCCUCGACAGUCUCGGCCACUGGCGGAUGUUUGCAGUCCCACACCCCUGUCCAUUCACAGGCGCAGCUGAGUGGUGUGGACAGGGCGGGUAAGAACUGGCCACUUUCGAAAUAAGGAAGACUUCACUUCGGAAUACCAAGUGCGCUCAGGUAGUUACUGUUCUUGGCUUGGCUCUUUACUGGGAAUACAGCAAACUGAGCCUUGUUCACCGGUAACCUUCCCACGGAGAGAAGCUGAGUUCAAAUCUAGUAGAUUGGUUCUGUUUUCAUUGUAGUAGCUCAUUUUAUUUUUACUUUGCCUUUAGAGACAGAAUGUUCCCUUUUGAGAGAAGAAACCGCUGUUGUGACCACUAGGUAGCCUGUGGCAAGACUCAGAUUCAAACCCUGAUUCUCCAAACAGAGCCUGCGUGGGCUCAAAGUCCAGGACUUUGUUUGUGUCUUCCCUGGCUUGCUUUUCACGGGACCAUUCACUCUUCUCUGAGCCCUGAGACGCUUCCGGUGUUAUGCCCAAGGGGAAGCUGUGUGUCACAAACCACCAACGGUUCAGGCUAAGCCAGCUGGGCUCUUCCUGUAUCUGGGCAGACCAUUGAGACUUCUUAAGGAAUUCACAGUUUCCUUGGCUUCCAGAAACUUCUGCUGAGCACUGGGUCUUCAUUGAAGGCAGUUUGGAAAAACCAAAGAAACAUCAAAAGUCUAAGAUGAUUAUAGUGAAGUUGUCAUAGCUGAAACCCAAGAGUGAGUAGCAAAGUGAAGGUCUUGGCUGUGCAGAGGGGACAGUGGAUGGUUAUAGUUAAAUAUCCCUGGGAUUGAACCAAUACUAGUUUAUUCCCUUUCAAAUCAAAGAACAGCAUUUAUCAUUUUGGGUAAAUGCUGGGAGAAUCUAGGCACAGAAUUAUAUUGACUGGUAAGGAAGGGGAUGGUACAGAGGGAAGUGACAGAACUCGAGUGUGCUGUGUUGGUAGACAGUGUUGUGCCCCCUUUAGUCUAGAGAGUAAGAGAACCACCCUGAAUAGCAUGGACCAGGGGAACUGGGGAACACUGCUUAAUAGGAUCCUGUUGGGUAGGAGUUUGAAGGCUUUAUGAAUUAAAAAUAUAAUGAAGUUGGAGCUGGAGAGAUAGCUCAGUUGUUAAGAACCCUAGCUGCUCUUCCAGAGGUCCUGGGUUCGAUUCCCAGCACUCACAUGGCAGUUCAUUACCUUCUUGUGGCUCCAGUCCCCGUAGAUGCAACAACUUCUGGCCUCCUUGGAUACUGUGUGCACCUAGAGCACAGACAUGCAUGCAGGCAAAACACAGAUACACAUGAUUUUGUUAAAACAAAAAGUGCAGGUAUUAAAUUAAUUAACGUUUCGGGAAUCACAUCCCAGCCCACAUUGACCUCUCAUUUGUCAGUCUCCUGCUCGUGGAUCCUAGAACACAGAUAAAUUGCCUUUUCUCCUUUACAAUACGUAUUGGGGAUUACUGGACUGCUGCUUCCAGGUGCCGGGAGAACCACCCGACAGAGAUGAACCAGAGAGAUUGUUCUUAAAUGAAUGGGAGGAUUCAGAUAGAUUCUUGUCUUCAGGGAAUCUUCUGGGGAGACUGAAUGGUGAAAGUCUGGCUAGGGAGGGGGACAAUGCCACAUCCCUCUCCCUGGUCAGGCGGCUCUGUCCUGUCUGCAGCUGCCUUUAAGGGGAAUCCCAACUCUCCUAGGCUACUUAACUGUUAUAUAGAUGAAUUCACAGGGCAUUGUGUUUUAACACCUGAUAAUAUCACAAGGAACCACAAACCUCAUUCUUCUCUGUUCCCUGCCUCAUUGAAACUACUGGGAGAGUAUUUUAAGUUAUGGACUUUUUGUGUACGGGGGUAGACGGGAGUGAGGGUGUGAGGGGGGGGGAAUGGGAGGAACAGAACUCAGAGUCUCGGGCAUAACAGACAAAUCAGUCUGUACUAUAGACCCCACUAAGGGCAGGAUUCUUAUCUUGACUACCAUGCCAUUCAGCAUGUCACCAGGAAAGCUGCACCUCCACUUUGUACUUUUGCCUGGUGGGUAACCCCUACCUUCCACUUUCUUCCAUCCCCAGGGAGAGUGGGGGCAUGGCCGAACGGAGGCCCCCCAGAAAAAUUUCCAAGACUCACGAGAUGUCAAGUCAUCUCUAAAACUUUUCAAAAACCCAGAAAGUCAUUUCAAAAAGUCUGACUUGGUGGCCGCGCAGAGGGGAAGAGCAAAGUUUCCACAGAGACAGCAAGCCCGCCCCACAGGCUUGUGCGAAAGCGGCAGCAGUGUCGCGGCCCAGACUUCAGUGACAGCUCCCUGAGCCAGGGGAAGUCCACUUGGCUGAGUGGGUAAGCUGCUGCCCAGGGCGCGUGUCAUGAAGCCCGCUUCCAGGGGAUUUCCCUCUGCAGUGGAAUCGGCAGAGUUUCGUCUUUUCUGAAAGAUUUCCCACAGGAAUACAUUUGACUCUGUGGAAAAAUCUCAAAUGUGGAUUUCUCAUUUAGUCACACGUUUCUUCAAAUAAAGAAAAUCAACACAGUUAUCCUAAGUAGUAAGAAUGUACACUCUAUGAGUGGUCUAAUGCUUACUUCAUGCUAGGCCCUCUUUGCUUUAUGGCUAAACUGCUGAGUAAAACACAUGAUGUGGCCGGGCGGUGGUGGCGCACGCCUUUAAUCCCAGCACUUGGGAGGCAGAGCCAGGUGGAUCUCUGUGAGUUCGAGGCCAGCCUGGGCUACCAAGUGAGUUCCAGGAAAAAGCGCAAAGCUACACAGAGAAACCCUGUCUCGAAAAACCAAAAAAAAAAAAAAAAAACACAUGAUGUGGCCCCUGCCUCAUCUAAACGAGGUUCUAAUUCUAGCUGUCAGUGUCUGUACUGAAAAUAAACCUGAUUUCUUUAAGGAAAUGUUACAAUAUGCCAUCCCAAAUCAUAUGUGCCUCUUUCUCGGCCUCAUUAAAUGCAGCCACUCCCUAAGAGAUCAAGAUUUGUUUGAAUCUGUGAAAUCUCAUGGCCUUGUUGGGUGUGUGAUUUAAAACAUCCCACUCGUGCACGGUGAUGAAAAUCUAGUCAUAUCUACACGGGAACCAAAGACUGAUGACUAUGAAAACAUUUCUCUAUUGUUACCUUUGUCUCCACAGUUUUCAAUGAAGUGUAACAGUCAUUUAUUGAACUAUUGUGAGCCAAGUCCUGUUCCAGGAGUAGUAGAGGAUACAGAGAUACCCAGACUCUGCUCUACCAAACUGGUGAAGCCUAGACAUGCACUUCUUGGAGUUAAACCAUACAGCUGCCAAUAUUUCACUCACAGAUGCCUGCUUGGACUGGAGCUGUAGUUCAGUGGUAGAAUGCUUCCUCAGCAUAUGUGAGAUCCUAGCUCCAACCUUCAGCAACACCAGAACUAAAUGAACAGGCUUUUCUGGAGCAGCACAUAGAUAACAAAAUGUCCAUAUGCCAUCUAGAUCCCUUGUUUAACUGUGCAGUGGCUGACAUUGAGAAAUUAGGGCGGCCUUAUCAAGAGGCUCAGAGGAUGGUCCAAGAGCCAAGAUUUCAACAACUGCGGCACACAAAACCUGUGCUGAUGACUGCUUGGCACAGAGUUAAUUAGGCCCAAGUGGCACAAUUGAUUGUGAUCCCAAACAAGAAGUUCCUAUCGUGUGCACUUCUGACCACAGAUACAGCACCAAGCAGAUGCCAGAUGAUGUUGGAGCUCUUCGGUUCUUUUGUUGUUGUUGUUUCGAGACAGGGUUUCCCUGUAUAGUUUUGGUGCCUGUCCUGGAUCUCGACCUGUCGACCAGGCUGGCCUUGAACUCACAGAGAUCCGCCUGGCUCUGCCUCCUGAGUGUGUGCCUCCGCUGCCCCCGCUCGGUUCUAUUUCUUACAAGACAAAGUUCCUCUGCUUUCCUUUGACCAAUGUUAUUGGCAGUCCAUUAAACAUCCAAAGCAUGAA